AUGGUAAAAAGUUUAUCCAAAGCUCAAGAAGGAAAUUCAAACCGAUCCGAGGACCGGGAAAAAUUCAGUUUGGGGAACUUAGAUUUGCUAAAUUUGAGGUUAAAUUUUUCUUCUGACGAGACUGAUCUCAAGAAAGACAAAAGCCCUAGAAAAAGCCCAAUAUUUCGAAGGUCUGAAAGAGGUUCCGGUGACACUUACUUGUCUAGGCAUCAUCACCCUUUGGAAAAGUCAGAUACGAGGACCCUAAUUCCCAACAUAUCCAAAUUGCCCAAAGGUUAUGGUAAUUAUAGACCCAGUACCUCUACGAUUCCGUCAGAGAAUCUCAUAUUGCUGUACUCAAAAGAGAAGAAACCAGAACGCGUGUUCACGGAACCAAUAAGCCGCAAGGAUUUUCUUUUUCCUAGCAAAAAGAAAACCAAGGCGCAGGUUAUUGACGUCGUAUCCGAGGAUAGAAUGUCAAAAUAUAACUCGCAGUUUACCAAAAUAGACAGCGGCCAUUUUCCCUUCAAAUUGACACCGAGUGGAAACCUUAAAGUUGAGUCCUCCCAGGUAGUUUUUUCAUCCAAUAAAUUAAGUGUACUUGUGGCUGAUCCGAAAAAUACCAAAGUCAACAUACACCCAGAGGCGAAUUAUAGCAGAAUGGCGCAUGAGACAGAUUUUUCUAAAACUUCUGCAAUGGAUACCAUCAUGAGUCAGGCUGGAUUUUCUAGUCUGGGCACCAUCAUAGGCAACACUCCAGUUAGAAGCGGGAACAAAGAAGCUUCCGAAUAUGAGAGCAAGCAGACUUCCGAAAUACUGGAUCCCGAAUUGAAUCUUGGCAGAUUAGGAUAUAGCGGUUCAGACGAAAUUUCUUGGCAAAAAGUUGUGUUGCCGGAAAAGAAAAAUCUUUAUUUAGAGUUGUACUCUAGAAUCACUAACUACACGAAUGCAGAUUGCAAAGUUUACAUCGACAAUGAAGAAUUCAAUUGCCACCUUAUCGUGCUUCAGUGUUACUCUGAGCUGUUUGAUGCUUACAUAGCGGUGAAAAAAGUGGAAUUGCCCUCGGACAAAUGCAGUGCAUCUGCGUUUGCUUUCAUCUAUGAAUGGAUGAUAACCGGAGAACCCUCAUACAAGGAACUAAAUAGAGAAAACGUCCUGGAUAUCUUCAAUUCCGCAAAAUACCUGAAAAUAAAAGACCUAGUAGAGCAGUGUUGGGCGUUCAUCGACCACGCUGACGUCUUCAACGAAGACACCGCCUUCCUACUCUACAUGGACGCUAAGGAAAAGAAUCUGCCAGAGGUUCGAGAGCUUAUGCUGCCAAGGAUUCAGGGCUUCUUCCUCAUGCUAGUCAGUUCGCAGAACUGGCUGGAGCUCGAACUAGAGGACGUGAAGAACCUCCUGAAAUCGAAUUACAUUUGCGUCAAUUGCGAAAUGGAGAUUUUCAUGUCCGCCGUUCGGUGGUUGAAGCACGACUGGUCGAACAGGGACAAAUACAAGUAUGAAAUAUUAGAAUGCGUUCGCUUCGGGAACAUAGCACCAUGGCAAUUGGUUGAUAUAAAGAGGAAUCCGGAAAAUCCAGACUUCAUGGAAUUAGCCAGAGAUUCCAGAAUUUGCAAAAUGAUUGACGACGGCUUGGCUUAUGUAAUCAUCAAGUACUGGUAUGGCCAAGAGAACGACGACUUCCAGCACUGGAACGCGGUCCUGGGAUUGCAAGAACCGCCUCCGAGAAACUGGAGCGGGUCUGACAAGACUUACUUCACCUACAGGGAGUUCCUCAUCUACCUGGACCAGUACAGAAGGAAUCAGUUGAUCGAGAAGAACAAACCCAGGAUGUUGAAUGAAUCGAAGCACGACGCUAAGGAGUACAACAAAUUCCGGAACAACCAGGCGCCGACGGAAAAUAACUCGCCAAGGGUUCCCACAAUGGAGGAAUUCCUAUCGAAAAAGAAAGAUCAGGAAACAAAAACGUUGCACUCUGGAAAUACAAACUGGAAGUUAUCUCAGAGCCGUUUUACGAAACCUAAAAGAAAAGUAAAGAAGUGGAUGUCGAAAAGCGAGGCAGCUAAAGUAAUCCAGAGGGCUUUCAGGAAUUACAUGCGAAGAACAUUGGUGAGUAAACUCAAUAAAGAAAUCGUGAUGAAGUUUAGACCUGGAGAUCUCAAAAAGAAUCAAAGAAGGGAUAAAGUGUUAGAACUCUUCAGUGUCCGUGGAAAAGAAACUUCUGGUAAUAAACUAAGCAAAACAGCUCGGAGUCCUGCUAGAAAAGACUUAUUGACGAACAGAUCACUGUUUCAAAAAGACCAUGAAACUGUCCUGGUAUUUGGUGGAGUGGACCCUCACAAUGAUUACGGAGUAGGAAGGAACACGGGCAAAAACAUUUAUCGGUACUUCACUGAUGAAAACGCAUGGGAAUUUGUAGGGGAACUACCCGAACCGAGACAUCACCAUAGCGUCCAGUUCUUAAAAGGAAGAAUCUAUCUAGUAGGUGGUGCUGAUCCCAGAGAGGACGAGGUUGUAGGAAAAUGUAUUAUCCUCAGAAGCGUGUGGAGUUUCGACCCAGUAACCAGAAAUUUUUUCAGCGAACCAUGCCUUUAUGAAGCCAGGAAGAAUUUUGGACUGGUGUCUUGUAGCCAGGGGCUAUAUGCCAUCGGUGGACAAGGUCAAGACUACGAAUCCUUACAGUCUGUAGAAAAAUUCAGUAUAGAGGAGAGAUUAUGGGAAGCUAGAGCCCCAAUGAUAUAUAACAGAAUAGGCCCAGCUUGCUCUAAGUAUAAAAAUUAUAUUUGGGUUGCUGGGGGUUUGUCUGGAAAUAAAAGUAAACGUAUUCUGCUGGACACGGUAGAGAGUUACAAUAUAAAAAGUGAUCAGUGGACCGAAAUAAGGCAGCCGCUCCAAUUUCCGAGAUGCUUUAGCUGCCUUUUCACUAUGGGAGAACGGUUAUAUUUGAUUGGAGGUGCCGGAAAAUCUGUCCAAAAGGAUGGCAAGGAGAUUAGCAGCGUAGGGGACAUAGACAUGUGGGAUCCCAGAAACGCAGAAUGGAGGACUGUCACAGAGAUGCAUAUUCCAAGACACGGGCAUUCUGUGGCUUGUCUCGGCACCCAGAUCCUUGUCAUUGGAGGUGUUACUACGACGUAUAAAAGAGCUCUUAGCAAUAUGGAAUGCUUUUGCAGUCAGAGAGGAACUUUGGUUCGCGGCCUGGCUUGUUUACCGACCGGCUUGUCUGGCCAUGCUUCUGUUACGCUGCCACCUGCUUCACUUCUAGGACACUAUCAAGGUCCCGGAGAUUUACCAAUGCCUUCGUCCAAAGAGCAGACCAUUAUGUGGCAGCAAAACACUUACAUGGCUGACUCUGGAAUUCAUUCUGGAGCUGCCACACAGGUACCAUCUCUCUCUGGAAAGGAAGAUGAAGAGAUGGAUCUGUUUGAUUUAGAUCAGGGGUACCAAGGAUUCACCCAAGAUCAAGUAGAUGAAAUGAAUAACCAGCUCAACCAGACACGUUCACAGAGGGUUCGCGCUGCCAUGUUUCCGGAGACACUCGAGGAAGGUAGGAAAACAGAUUUUUUGAUAAUCAACUAUUUACUAUCCUUACAGUCUGUAGAAAAAUUCAGUAUAGAGGAGAGAUUAUGGGAAGCUAGAGCCCCAAUGAUAUAUAACAGAAUAGGCCCAGCUUGCUCCAAGUAUAAAAAUUAUAUUUGGGUUGCUGGGGGUUUGUCUGGAAAUAAAAGUAAACGUAUUCUGCUGGACACGGUAGAGAGUUACAAUAUAAAAAGUGAUCAGUGGACCGAAAUAAGGCAGCCGCUCCAAUUUCCGAGAUGCUUUAGCUGCCUUUUCACUAUGGGAGAACGGUUAUAUUUGAUUGGAGGUGCCGGAAAAUCUGUCCAAAAGGAUGGCAAGGAGAUUAGCAGCGUAGGGGACAUAGACAUGUGGGAUCCCAGAAACGCAGAAUGGAGGACUGUCACAGAGAUGCAUAUUCCAAGACACGGGCAUUCUGUGGCUUGUCUCGGCACCCAGAUCCUUGUCAUUGGAGGUGUUACUACGACGUAUAAAAGAGCUCUUAGCAAUAUGGAAUGCUUUUGCAGUCAAAGAGGAACUUUGGUUCGCGGCCUGGCUUGUUUACCGACCGGCUUGUCUGGCCAUGCUUCUGUUACGCUGCCACCUGCUUCACUUCUAGCUCAUUAG